UCUGUUGAACGCUCGCCGGAACAACUCAACUUCCAGUUCGCCAGAAUCCAAGCUUCGCCUUCAUCACUUUGCCGAAGCCGUACAAUCUACUCCUUCGAGUCGUGAAGGCACCUUUUUGCAGCCCAGCAGCCUCCUUAGCAGUCAAUCAUCUCAACACCAGUCAAGAUGUCUUCCUACAACAAGGACCAGAAGGAUUUCGGCGAGGCCCCCAAGGUCCACCGUGUCCGUAUCACCCUCACCUCCCGCAAGGUCCAGGCUCUUGAGAAGGUCUGCUCCGAGCUCGUUGAGCGCGCCAAGACUAAGGACCUGCGAGUCAAGGGCCCCGUCCGCCUUCCCACCAAGAUCCUCAAGAUCACCACCCGCAAGUCCCCUUGCGGUGAGGGUUCCAAGACCUGGGAUCUCUUCGAGAUGCGCAUCCACAAGCGCCUCAUCGACUUGACCGCCCCCACCGAGAUCGUCAAGCAGAUCAUUGUCAACAUCGAGGCCGGUGUCGAGGUUGAGGUCACCAUUGCUGCUUAAGUUUGGCUUUGACUGGCCAAAAAAAGGCAAGGGGGCAAGAAGCUGCUGUUGCUGCUGCGAAAGCGAGCAGGGGUUCCGUGUUACCCGAACCGAAACCCUCCAACCAGGGGAAGGGAAAAAAAUCAAUACAAAAAACAAUUGGAAAAAAACAAUUGCCUCAAGGGGGCUUUGUGUUGUGGUGGGUUCGUUGGGCUGGUGAAAUAGUGCAAUGAUCCAUCGUUCCUUUUCCCCUGGAUUUUCCUGGUCUGUUUCUCUUGUGCCUUUUCCUGUGAUGGUGAUAUGAUCCUGCGUAUUAAAGAUUGGAGAUGAUUGCACGAGGAGGAAGAUGGCGGGGGGCAGCUGAAGUCGCGGGCUUUUGAGGCUGGUCGUCUCAUCUCGACUUAGUCAAUGCCUAUGGAAGGCAGAAAGGGAAGACCGCACAAGGGAAAAGGGGCGCGGUCCAAGUCGUGCAGAAAUGUGAUCAACUGUUCAAC